ACCAAAUGCUGAUAUGGCUGCUGCAAACUAUCUGCAGUCUGAAGAUCAGUUUCUGUGCUCCAUCUGUCUGGAUGUGUUCACUGAUCCUGUCACCACACCAUGUGGUCACAAUUUCUGCAAAAACUGCAUCACGGAGCACUGGAAUACUAAAGACCAGUACCUGUGUCCGCUGUGUAAAAAGGUUUUCAACACAAGACCUGAGCUGCACGUCAACACUUUCAUCUCUGAGAUAGUCGCUCAGUUCAGACAGUCAGCUCAACAGAAAGCCAGUAGCAGCAGCUCAGAGCAACAAGUGUCCAAACCAGGAGAACUUCCCUGUGACGUCUGCACUGGAACCAAACUGAAGGCCCUGAAGUCCUGCCUGGUGUGUCUGGUCUCCUACUGUGAGACUCACCUGGAGCCUCAUCUGACCAUGUCAGGUCUGAAAAGACAUCAGCUGAUCAACCCUGUGGAGAACCUGGAAGGCAGGAUGUGUGUGGAGCACGAUAAACCUCUGGAGCUGUUCUGUAAGACCGAACAGACAUGUGUCUGCAUGCUCUGCGCUGUUUUAGACCACAAGAAGCAUGAUGUUGUUCCUCUGAAAGAAGGAUAUGAAGGAAAGAAGGUGGAGCUGGGGAAGACAGAGGCUGAAAUUCAGCAGAUGAUCCAGAAGAGACGGCUGAAGAUUCAGGAGAUCAAACACUCAGUGGACCUCAGUGAGGAAGAUGCAGACAGAGAGAUAGCAGAAGGUGUUCAGGUCUUCACUUCUCUGAAGGAGUCUGUUGAGAGAGGCCUGAAUGAGAUCAUCAACACCAUCAAAGAGAAGCAGAAAACAACAGAAAAACAGGCUGAAGCUUUCAUCAAAGAGCUGGAACAGGAAAUCUCUGAGCUGAUGAAGAGAAGCACUGAGGUGGAGCAGCUCUCACGCUCUGAAGACCACCUCCAUCUUCUCCAGGGGGUCCAGUCCCUAAACAUUCAACAACCUCCACCCACCAAGGACUGGAGAGAGGUCAGCGUCCAUCCAUCAUCAUAUGAGGGGACUGUGAUUAAAGCUGUGGUUCAGUUGACAGAGACUCUCAGUGAAGAGAUGAAGAAGCUGCUUGCUGAGUCUGAGCUGAAGAGGGUCCAGCAGUAUGCAGUGGAUGUGACUCUUGAUCCUAAUACAGCAUACCCAGAACUCAUCCUGUCUGACGAUGGCAAACAAGUGAAUCUUGGUGAUGUGAAGAAGAAUCUCCCCAACCACCGAAAGAGAUUUUCUAACCAUCCUUGUGUUUUAGGAAAACAGAGUUCUCUUCAGGCAGAUUUUACUUUGAGGUUCAAGUCAAAGGAAAGACUGAAUGGGAUUUAGGAGUGGCCAGAGAGUCUAUCAACAGAAAGGACAUAACACUGAGCCCUGAGAAUGGUUACUGGACAAUUGUUGAAAAAGAGAAAUCAGUACGAAGCUAAUGAUGACACUUCAGUCUGUCUCUCUCUGAAGCCUCGGCCUCAGAAGGUGGGGGUGUUUGUGGACUAUGAGGAGGGUCUGGUCUCCUUUUAUGACGUAGAUACUGCAGCUCUUAUCUACUCCUUUACUGGCUGCUCCUUCACUGAGAAACUCUUCCCAUACUUCUUUACUGGUUAUAUUUAUGGCCGUAAAAACUCUGCCCCUCUGAUCAUCUCUCCUGUAAGAGUAAACUAAUCAGAAUAGGAAUAUUUUAUUGAUCCCUCAGGGAAUUUGUUUGUUGCAAUUGCUCACAGUCAAGGU